GUAGUCCACUGAGGUCAUCUACAAGGCCUGCCAGCUCUCUUUGCUCGGUGUACACGUAUUGAUCUGGGCGCGCCUGCGUGUCCCUCCCCCAAAAAUGCGCUCCCUCCUCGUUGUCGCCCUGGUGGGCGCCCUCGCGCUCACUGCUCACGCGGCGGGUGGCGGUGGUGAUGACCCGACCAUCAAGCUCGAGAAUGUGCACGACCUGACCCCCGACAACUUUGACAAGAUUGUGAACGGCGCCAAGCACGUGCUGAUUGAGUUCUACGCCCCUUGGUGCGGCCACUGCAAGCGCAUGGUGCCCGAGUACAAGAAGCUGGGCGAGCUGGUGGCAGCGGACCCCAAGCUCAAGAACCGCGUGGUGGUGGCCAAGGUGAACGCCGACGCUCACCGCUCCCUGGGUGACAAGUUCGAUGUGCGCGGCUUCCCUACCAUCAAGUUCUUCCCCGCUGGCAAGCCCGCCACCAAGGACAACAUGCAGGACUACAACCAGGCCCGCACCGCCUCCGCCUUCCUGGACUUCCUCAAGGAGAAGCUGGCCGCGGACAAGGGCUUUGCCCGCGUGGAGGCCCUGGACGCGCUGGCCAAGAAGUUCGUGGACGCCGCCGCCGACGCCAAGGCCAAGGUGGUGGAGGAGGCGGAGGCGGCCCUGGCCAAGCUGGAGGGCGAGGCCAAGGACAACGGCGCGCUGUACGUCACCUUCAUGAAGAAGGCGGUGGAGAAGGGCUCCGAGUACCUGACCAAGGAGAAGGCCCGCCUGGAGAAGCUGCUGGCGGGCGGCUCCGUCAACGCCGCCAAGGUGGACGAGAUGAGCCGCAAGACCAGCGUGCUGGGCGCCUUCGCAGCCGAGGACGAGGAGUAAAUAGGUGUGAUGUGAUGUGUGUGGAUGAGUUAGCAGUUGGCCGCACGGUUUUGAGCUAGCGACACAACACAUGAGGCACAGAGAGGUUGGAUGAUGGCGUGACGCGGGGCGUCGGCAGCGAUGCCGGCGCAGGCGUGUGUGUUUGGGUCGGUGUUGGUGUCAGUGGCGGCGAGGGGUUGGGGGCAGGGCCUCCCGGGUGCGCUGAGUGGUGCAGUGAUCUUUCUGGCGUGCUGCUGGCGGUGUGUGUGACGCUGGCGGUGUGUGGUGCUGGCGGUGUGGGGUGCGGGAGGCCGCGGCAGGAUGUGCGUGGGUGCGGGCCGCUGGUGAAGCUGCUAGGAGGCUAGCGUACGUGUGUGAUUGUGUGAUUGCGGGAGGGAUGUCCAGCCGCCCAAUUUUGUUGGUAAUCGGGCCGGUGUGGCGCCGCAUGUGUAAAAGUGGACUAGGCAGACACGCUGGCCGCUAUCCACUUCAGUGGCGCCCUCGUGCCCCUCCUGCACUGAGCCACACCGGCCGCGGCGCACAGCACACACAUCGCCGGUUGUCUGCAGUGCUUACAGCUUGCAAGUGCAGUGGGUGCCUGCAAGCGCCGAGUGCAGGGGGUGGGGGUAGAAAGCUCAGGUUCUUACCCCAUGCUCAAAACUACAGAGCUUUAGGAGAGCAUUAUGCACGUACUUUUAGUUUUCUGAGGGGAUGUCUGAUGAGGAAGUUCUAGGCCGCCAAAGUUGGGGGGUCGGUCCUCGUUCCUGGGGGUCCACGGGUUUCGGGAGCCCAUCCUGGCGGAUUUCGGGAAGCGCCCCACAAGCAGAAAUAGGGGCCAAACGAGGCUCAUAUGUGCACGUUAUGACGUAAUAAGCACAAACAAAGCGUAAGUUGCGCGUCCGGGCGUGGACAGGUCUGUCUCCACAUUCAACACAUGCGCACUGACACAGCUGGGCUCUGAAGCACUGGUGCGCAUGAGUUCACGUCUAACAAGGCUGCCGAUGCACAUUGUCCAUUCGUCACGCGGCAGAGAGUUGAGCGCGGGGUGGUCUGGGUCGAGGGGAUUUCCAUGGAUAGGAUCCCGCCUGUGACCGAAGUCUCAGAACAGGACCGCUGAUGGCACGGAGUGAUAGUGCUCGUCAAGAGGAGUCGGUUGACACCACUUUGGCAUAAAAUGGA